AUGUCUAUUCUUUCGCGUCGAGCCUCCAGUCUUGCCGUUAACUCAUCUCUCCCAUAUAUUUAUCUCUCACAAAUACCCUAUGCAAAGGCACUUUCUCUACAAUCACACCUUGUCACUCGUCGUUUAAAAGCUCGAAAGCAACUUCAAUCCCCCUCAUCUUUGACAACAGAGGAAAACGCGCGGUUACAACAUAUAGCCAACACUGACAUUCUACUUUUAUUACAACAUCCACCUACAUAUACAACCGGUAGACGUGAUAGAAAAAGAGCUGAAGGAGACGUUAAUAAUGUCGGGUCUGAGGAGAAAAGGUUACGAGAGUUUGGUGCAGAGUAUUUUGAAACUUUACGUGGUGGACAAACUACAUUUCAUGGCCCUGGUCAAUUAAUUGGUUACCCGAUACUCAAUUUACAAAACUACAAGCUCUCUGUUAAAUGUUAUGUGGCUGCUAUUGAGCGUGUGAUAAUUGAAACUUGUGACGCGUUUGGAAUAAAGGCCCAAACGUCUGAGCAUACAGGUGUGUGGACAGAUGGUGAAAAAAUAUGUGCAAUUGGAAUUCAAGUACAACGAUAUAUAACCUCACACGGAUUCGCACUGAAUUGUAAUACUGAUCUGAGUUGGUUUGACCAUAUUAUUCCAUGUGGAUUGGUUGACAAAAAAGUGACCUCGAUGACGAAACAAAUCGCGAAACAACAACAGAUUGAGUUUGCUGAUAAAGAGACUAAUCAAUUGCAAAGAAAAAAACGAGAGAUGUCUGUUGAAAUUGUUUUGCCUGUUCUUACUGAGAAGUUUGGGAAUAUGUUUGAAAGGAGCAUGCAUCCGUUGGGGUGUUUUGAUGAUUCUGAAAUAGGAUUGCGACGUGUUAUUAGUGAAUCUAUAUCGAAAUAA